UUUUGGUGGAGGAAUGUAACAGGAUUAUGUGAAGGACCGCAUUCAUUAUUAUCUGAUAAAAGUCUUACGGACAACCCAUCGAGUUGAUACAGAAUUAUAUAAUGGAAACACUACACCCAGUAGCAGCACUCAGUGUUCUGAAGCCAGCUUAUUAUGCUGUUAUUGAGGAACCAUCAAAAAAUCACAUUUUAAAGCUGACGGAAUUACUUCAUAAUGUUUCUCCUUCGGCACUUCAAGUACAGCGGGAUUUAAUUCUUUAUCCACUGGAACUACAUUUACAGAACUAUCAGCUUGGGUCUGAAAUUAAACGAUAUCUUGUUAUCAGCAUUAAGGAGGUAUUGCAACGUGUACGUGUUUGUGAUUUGAAGAAAUUCUUGAAGCUCUACACUUUACUUUUCUUUCAAGUCUAUGACCAGAAGAAGUCACUUUUAGUUGGAGAUGUUCCAGAGGAGCUGAAGCUCAGUGUUGUGGAAUGUGUCACAUGCCUUCUGAAGCAAGCAUCUUCUGAUGUCCUCUGUGAGUUUUACAGCAGGGAACAUGCACCAAAGUUGGGCCAGGGGAUUUACAUAGCCAUCCAAAUGGCCCAGUGGGAAAAGUUACGUUCUCUGAGACUUGCAGCCGUUGAGUGUAUCAUGACUCUCGCUCAAGUCCACAGUGACGCAGAUGGAGAUGAUGAAGUUUUUCGGCAGCAAGUAGGAGGUGUGUUAAUGUUCUUUCUACCAGGUAUAAUCGGUGGCUUGCAGAAAAUUGCCACUGAUGAUGAGAAGCAGGGACAUCAAAUAACAAUGCUUGCUGUAAAGGCAUGGGGAGAGAUAAUUACUAUUGUGAUGGAAGAUAACAAUGCUUCUGAUGCUUCAGAAAAUAUGAGUAUGUCAUUCAGAAUAGAUCCUCCUGCAGCAGUCAUGCAAGAAGAUCCAUUGGAUAACAAGUGGCAGGAUUGUACCAGGGAAUCCAUGCUGAAGAGCUUACAGGAAAAGAAUCGCACGCCUGAAUGGUAUUGUGCUGCUGCACAGAAGCUGGCUCUUUCAGUGAAAGCUAUCGGCAUGGUUCAGCAUCAUUCACACUGGAAAGUGAGAAUGGCACUGGCAUCAUCUUGUUACUUACUGCUCUCUAAGUGCUGCAGAAACAUGAAACCAUCUAUGAUGUAUCUGAUUGAAGUGCUCAUCAUGCUUUCUGAAGAUGAAAAUGAAAAGAUAGCCACAACAGCCACAGAUGGACUGAAAUUGUACUCUGAGAAAUGUGAAGCAAGCUGUGGAAAAUCUCUUCUAGAAAUCCUAGAAGAUAAUUUUUUUAACUUGGUAACAAAACUGCCAAGGAUCCUUCAUGGAACAGAUGAUGUGCAGCAGUUAGCAGCAUUGCGGUUACUGGCUGGCUACAUAAAACUGUUAGGAGUUAACAAACUUCCUUAUCUGUUGAACUCAGCAUCUCACCUGAACCGCCUGGUGUGGACUUUGAUUCAAGCUAUUGAACUGGAUAGUUCAUAUGUAUCUCUGCUGGAAGAUUACAGUUUAAGAGAUUUAGAAACAAGUCAUGGAAAGCCACAGACAUCACCAUGGAAGGUGUUCAAGCACUUCACUGAUCAUAGUAUUCAACAGAAAAUGGAAGAUGUGUGCCAUAUGCUUGGUCAGUAUGGAGAUUUAAAUAUUCUGAGUUAUCAUCUGUUGGACAGAUUUCAUAGUGUUCCAUAUCAGAACAAGGAAAUCACAUUCCUUUUAAAUGAGAUUUUGUGUGGAGGUGCCCACAGAGAAGAUGCAAAUUUAGAGGACAUUAUUAGAAAUGUUCUGCAUGUAUACCUAGAACCAUCCAUUUGGUACGUAAGUCUGAAUGUGGGAACUCACGUGAAUGAACUCCAGGAGGAGACAUCCAUUACAAUUGGACAAGCACAAGCUAAUGUCAUACAAGCUUGUUUACUUGUUGAAGGUGUAGGGAAGAUGGCUAGAGUUCUGGGUUCUAAAUUUGAUCAGUUCUUGUUGAAGACACUGUACUUGGUGUUAGAACGAGCUGGCAGUGCAAAUGAACUUGUUGCUGAAGCUGGAAUGGCUGCUAUUCAGGACAUAAGUCAGGCAUGUGGCUAUGGCAGAGAUGUGACUGACUUGGUGCAAGCGAAUGUUGACUAUUUCUCAUACCAUGUGACAUGUAGGCUACGCAGAAUGGAACAGAAUCCUGGUGUGAUGGAUGUUUUAAACGUUGUAAUGAAGUACAGUUCAAUGGAUGUGUUGCCAUGCUUGGAGGAAAUUGUUAAAGAUGUUUUGUUACAGAGCUGUGAUGUCUUCCAGGACCGAAAUGCUGUCUCUUUCCUCCGAGUAUUUUACACAUUUCUUUUCUCUGUAAGGCGAUGGUUAAAGGACAAUAACAGUGAAGUGAAAACUUGCCAGGAGAUUGAUAGAAAAGAAAUGGGAACAUUGGAAUUGGUUCCAAGAAUUAUGCAGACUUCGCAGGUUGUUAAUUAUAUUAUUCAGUAUCAUCAGUACAAAAAACAGUCAGAUGACAUCAAGAAUAGUGUCAAAGAUAAAGAUAAUGACAAGGAUAGAGGAGUCUAUAAUGAAAGUGGCGAGGUAAAUUGUGGUGGGGAAAAGAAGUUACCACUGUUUGUGGAAAUGACAGUUUCUGUUCUUAAGACAUGUGUACAUUUUCUGCCAAGUAAAAACAGGGAACAGAAGCUUCUUGUUCUAGCCAUUCUACAGGAAGGCUUGCUGAUAUUGGAGACGUGGGAAAAUGAAUUACUGCCAAUUGUACAUGCAGUCUGGUCACCAUUUGUCAGCAGAUUUGCUGAGACCUCAGAUCAUCUUCUGAUUAAUCGUAGCUUUGGUCUUCUCUGCACACUUGCACAGACAGCAAAAGACUUCAUACGGUCACGUACACUAAAGCAAGUUUUACCAUCCCUGUGUCAGACAUUAAUGAAGUCUUCUCUUGAAAGCAAGAAGAAAGACAGGGGCUCAUCAUACAGGUUCACCCAGCUCUUCAAACUCCAGAAGGAACUGCUGAGUAACAUGGGAAACUUGGCUGUACAUCUGAACCUACAGGAGCGUGAGGUUGAUCAAGUGCUGACUGCAGCAGCACCAUAUCUGAGCAGUCUGCAGCCAGCUCCACUUCAGGAAUCCUGUGUGAAACUAUUCCAGAAAUUAUCAACUGUGAAUCAAGACACAGUUUGGCUGAAAGUUGUCAGUAUGUGGCAUCCCAUUCAUACAUUAAAUCCACCUACUGGCGGUUUGCAGGUAAUAAAGGUGACAGAAAAGGAUGUCCACAGUCAAGAGGAAUUCAAGAAAAAUGUUGAAGAAAUUCUGACAUUUCUGAAUAUUAGAUCUUAGAAGGAAGAAAUUACCCACUUAUAUGAACAUAAACACAGACUGUUUAGUAUAUUCAGCCUUAUGGUAAAGAUCCACUUCCUGGUUAAAAAAAUAGCUGGUGCAGUAGGGUCUAUUUGCAUUGCAAAUACUACUUUUCAGGCUAAAAACUGUAUUUUGAUGCAGUUGUUAAGUUUCAGAAUGUAUGUACUGCCAUCUGUUGAUUAAUCAAAAUAUUGAAUGGGUAAGGAUGAAUUUCUUAUGGCUGUGACUGAAGGAUCCAGUAUUACAGGAUGUGAUACUAUGUAGUAGCCCGUGCUACAUGGUGUCACAUCCUAGAAGAAAGAAGGAACAGAUCCUUUACCAAGUCUUCUGUAAAUUUUUUGGUUAUUAAAGGGAAAGGUGGAAUAUGCUGCUAGGCUAUGAGCUGAACUGUUUACCCUCUCUAUGCUAGACAAAGAGGAAAAUGAGGUCAUUUGCAGCAAUUGUGUUUCAAUUAAUUUAGUGUUGAAUCGUUAUUUUUAUGUGACUUGAAAAGAGUAUACAGUGCAACAUUUGAGUAAAAGAAUUAUGUGAAUGAAGA